CUUCCGUCGCGUCCGCUCUUUAACGGUCGUCCUCCCUCCUCCCUCCUCCUCCAAGUUCAAAUAGCAGAAGGUAAAAAGGGGAAAAACCGCAUCUCUCUCAGAAACUUUCCCGGAAUUCAGUGGAUUUUCCCGGAAAGGAACUUCGAAGUUUCUCAGGAAAAUUCCACUCCAGAGGGUGCGGCUGCUGCAAUUUUAAAUCUGGAGACGGAGGAAGUCGGUCGAGCAUCGAUCAUCGAUCAUCGAGGUAUAGCAGCUGUCAAACAUGUCUCGCCUUCAAAGCGAUCCACUUCUGGAAGUGGAAACAACAUGUGGAACACUUCUUUGUGAACUCCAGAUAAUUUGGGAUGAAGUUGGGGAGUCAGAUGUAGACAGGGACCAAAUGCUUCUUGAACUUGAAAAGGAAUGUCUACAAGUAUAUAUGAGAAAGGUAGAUCAAGCAAACCGCUAUAGAGCUCAGUUAAGACAGAAGAUAGCUGAUUCCGAAGCAGAACUUGCAGCAAUCUGCUCUGCCAUGGGGGAGCGGCCAGUACACAUAAGGCAGUCUGAUCAAAAUGCAGGAAGCUUGAAAGAAGAGCUCAAGAUAAUUCUUCCUCAGUUGGAGGAGAUGCGGAAGAGAAAAUGUGAGAGAAGGCAACAGUUUCUUGAAGUUCUAGAGCAAAUACAGAGUAUUAUAAAUGAAUUACAUAGGUCGAAAGAACAUACUUCUUCUAAAGUAGUUGUGGAUGAAAGUGAUUUAUCUUUGCGGAAGCUUGAAGAACUCCACAGACAGUUGCAUGCACUUCAACAAGAGAAGAGCAAUCGCUUGAAGCAGAUUCAGGAUCUCAUGUGUACACUGAACUCACUCUGCAUCGUACUUGGACUUGACUUCAAGCACACAGUUUCUGAGGUUCAUUUCAGUUUAGGUAAUGCUGAAGGAUCCAAAGAUAUAAGCAACAGGACGAUUGAGCAGUUGGCUUCUAUGAUUCAAAAUCUGCGAGAGGUUAAACUGCAGAGAAUGCAGAGGCUUCAAGACCUUGCAACUAACUUGCUGGAACUAUGGAAUUUGAUGGACACACCUCUUGAGGAGCAACAAAUGUUUCAAAAUGUUACUUGCAAUGUAGCUGCUUCUGAACAUGAAAUAAGCGAGCCUGAUGCCCUUUCAGUGGCUUCUAUAAAUCAUGUUGAGGCAGAAGUAGCUCGGUUGGAAGAAUUGAAGUUGAGCAAAAUGAAAGAGCUUGUUUUAAAGAAGAGGUCAGAGCUUGAGGAGAUUUGUAGGAAGACACAUCUGAUCCCUGAAGAAGACAGUACUAUGAAAUAUAUCACUGAAGCUAUGGAGUCUGGAGCUGCGGACGCUGCUUGUGUACUUGAACAAAUUGAAGUUCAUAUUGCGAAAGUCAAAGAGGAAGCUUUUAGCCGGAAAGAAUUGCUUGAAAAGGUUGAGAAAUGGUUAGCUGCAUGUGAUGAGGAGUGCUGGCUUGAAGAGUACAACAGGGAUGAAAAUAGAUAUAAUGCUGGAAGAGGGGCCCAUCUUAUUCUUAAACGUGCGGAGAAAGCUCGAUCACUGGUUAAUAAAUUACCAGCAAUGGUUGAGGCCUUAUCUUCGAAAACUGUAUCAUGGGAGAAGGAAAGAGGGAUUGAGUUCACCUAUGAUGGCAUCCGACUACUCUCAAUGCUUGAUGAGUAUACCCUUCUACGGCAAGAGAAAGAACAAGAACGUCGUAGGCUGCGGGAUCAAAAAAAGCUUCACGGACAGCUGGUAGCAGAACAAGAAGCAUUAUACGGGUCAAAACCUAGCCCCUCAAAAGUUCAAACUACGAAAAAAACUCCUAGAAUAUCAACUGGUGGGGCGAGUGGCAAAAGACUUUCUCUCGGAGGAGCAGCGCUUCAAACUCCUAAAGCUGAUCCACUUCACUCUUUAAAAGCUACGCCUCAUUCUCGUCCUAUAAAGAAGAGUGAGAGGGUUCAGAAAAAUGACAGAUUUAAUAAUCAACCAGAUGUUUCAGCUGGUAGGAGAGGCUUGGAUGGGGCUGGCCCUGCUGCAAAACACUCAUUUGGUGCAGCAACUGCUCAUCAACCCGAGUCGCCCAUGAGACGCAAACCCUUCUCACCCAUCACCUUAAAGGCCCACAGGACAAACUCCUUGGACAAUGCAAACGUAAUACAUGGAGAGGUGUUACAGAAAGCAUUUCCAAGUAACAACACAUUUUCAACUCCCUUGAAGAAGACUCUUCAGACAACUGAUGACGAAAAUAUGACUCCCAGGACAAUGCCAAUUCAUGUUCCGACCACACCCUCCACAGUGUCAGUUCCUAUGCACACUGCUAUGACCCCAGAUCUUCUGAACUUGCCUUCUAGUGUGGGUACCAUGACUCCGAAAGAAAUUCCUGAGGUGAUAGAAUACUCUUUUGAAGAACGAAGAGCUGGAUUCGUGCUUCCUAAAAUGAAUAUCAAGUCAGUUAGUCAUGUCUGACGGCACAAGGGAUCAUUAUCUGAAGAUAUUUCUGGAUACUUCUCCACAUUCACUGUCUUUCGAAAUCAUGAUAGAGUAGUCAAUUAUAAUGGCUUAUAUGUACAUAGUUUACGAGCAAUUCACCUAGACAUACAUAGACAUACAUAGAGACGAUCGAAUUCCUACUUGAUUUGUGUUGCUAUUUGCUCUAUCUGUUUUGCUCAAAAAAGACUUUUUGAGAUCUCUGCAACA